UUAGAUUGUUGAUUACUGAUUCAAUAUUAUUCGCUGAAUGGCUUAUAAGAAUGUUUAUCAUUAUGGCGAUGGUUAUACUACAACUUAUUCCAGUAGCCAUUAUGCUUAUCAAGUAGGUAUAAUAUUUGCGAUAGUAAUUGCUGGUAUUCUAUUUUUUGGAAUAUGUGCAGCAGUUAUUUAUUUCGGAUUUGUUAAAAGGAUGCGGAAAAGUGAAAAGAAAAGGCGUAUAAGUAGUAGUACCGGAUCCAGAACAACCAGUAUCUUACGAGUACCAGCUACAACUACUUAUACAUCAUUACGCAAUGAAAAGCCACCAUUUCCUCAUCAGCAACCGCAUGGUACUUACAUUCCUAGUCAGGAAACACCUAUCCUGCAAUCAGCGAUCCAUCCUCAAACCAAGUAUGUACCACCACCACCCAUGUAUACCGUUCAACCGAAUUAUCCACAAUCCCAGAAGCAAAAUUAUCCAGAGACAUCCGGAAAUGUUCAAUCUCAUCAG